AUGUCGACAGAUGUGAAUGCCCCGCCUUCUGGCGAGGCCCCUCCAUGGUGGGCAGCUCUGCCUGAGCCGCAGGCAGCGUGUGAGACAAUUGAGAACUCGGACGUCAUGGCUCUGCUGGAAAAGAUGCUUGCUGGACCCAAACAUGCAAGUAGGAACUUUCUUCUCGUAGAUGUUCGUCGCACCGACUGGGACGGGGGCACCGUGGCCACCUCCAUCAACCUCCCCGCGCAGUCCUUUUACCAGACCAGGCCCGUCGUCUAUCAGCUCUGCAAGCAGGCUGGCAUCGAGAAAAUCAUCUUCUACUGCGGAAGCUCGGCAGGACGCGGCACCAGAUGUGCUCGGUGGAUGCAAGACUAUCUGAACGAGGUCGGCGAAACUGGUAUCAAGGCCAUCAUCAUGGCCGGUGGCAUCAAAGGCUGGCACAAGGCAUUCGGUGGCAAGAUGAUGGAGAAUUAUGACGAAAAGUUCUGGGCAGCCAAGGCAUAG